AUGAAUCUACCUCUCGCCGAACAGCCUGUCGUGCAACGUCAUCCAGGGCGCAAGAAUGCAAAGGCUGAGAAGCGAUCCAAGCCUCCUGCGCAGGCGAAUUCACCCCCGAAGAAAACCCUGUUACUGAGUGAGAUCAGUGAGAAUUUGACCAGUCAGUUUGGUCAUUCCAAGCACGGCGACAACGCUUCGUCCGCCAGCUUUAGUAGCGAUAGCAGUCGCACUCUCCAUUACAACUUCCUCGGCGAUGAAUCUCAGCCGUACAAAAGAUCCAUGGAUACGUCCCACCCCUCCCAUCCUGCGUUGUUCCCGAGCGACCAAUCUGCGCCAAGAUCGCCUUCACAAGCGAGACGCAAAAAUCAUGCGACGGUAUUGACGUUGGAAGAUAUUGCGGCGGUCGGAGCGAUCGAGAAGCUCGUGACGCAGUAUGGGCGGGUUUCGCAUAUGGGUGUUCUCGAUCCGAACUAUAAUCUUUUUGUGAACAAGACUCGCACUGCCGCUCUCUCCUUCAAGGUCCACAAUAAAGUAGCUCUGGUCAUGGGCGAUCCCUUAUGCAAGCCGGAUCUAUUCACUGAAGUCCUCAAAGAGUUCAAAGAGUAUCGAAAAAAAUUCCGUUGGGGGGUCGCUUUCAUAGGCGCCAGCGAGGUGUUUGCCGCAUACGCCAAGCAGCAUAAGUGGACAACUCUGCAGUUUGGCACCGAGCGCGUACUCAAUCCCAUGACGAACGAUGUCUUGAACGAACGGAGCGGUAAGCGGAUCAUCGUACAAUGCAAGCAACUCCUCAACCCCCACAAGGGAAACAUCUCACUGGGUGUGUACGUGCCGUCGUCGGGCGAGGAUUUGGACUUGCAGAAAGAGUUGGCUGGCGUUUACGACUCAUGGCGCGAGGAGCGAAACCACGCUGUCGGCGCAAAGGCGUUCAUCACUGUAUAUGAUCCCUUUUCGAUGCCGGGGAUGAUGACCUAUGUCUACACAAGAGGUCCAGAUGGCGUGGCCAACGGCUUCGCCGCACUCCGCCGGUUGGGUCCCAACAACGGGUAUCACAUCGAUCCUUGCGUGGCGGCUCCAGGGGCACCGAGAGGUAUCACCGACUUAUUAAUCUUCGCAGCCAUGGCGCUCCUGCACCCGAUGGGGGUUUCGUAUCUGAGUCUCGGCUUUGAGCCGCUUGAAUCACUAGCCGAUAUAACCCGCAUGCCGCUCCCGAUCGAACAGAUCACCCGAGCGAUCUAUAAGCGCACAUUCAAACAAAUGCUCUUCAAGGGGAAGCAGGCGCAUCAUGAUAAAUUCAAACCAGACGGGUCGCAGGGAUCACCACUUUAUACUCUCUUCCCCACAGGUGCUCCCAGUUUCCGCCAGUGGGUCGCAGUUUCCCAUAUGUCCAAUAUCAGCAUCCGACGGCUCUUUUUCCCAAGAACCGGAAGGAAGUCGAGAACAACUAAACAGGAAACAGCUUGCGACCAGAAUAAGAAGCCACAAUGA